CUCCCCUCCCCCGGCCCCUGGCUCGGAUAUAAUUGAAUAUCACAGCGCUACGCGCUGGGUAUUUUUUUUCCUUCCUCCUCCUGUGUGUGUGGUGGUUUUGUUGGUUUUUUUUUUUUCCCCUGGUGUUUUUUUCCUCCUCCUCCUCUCGGUGUGGACACCUUAAAAAUACAUAUAUAUAUAUAUAUAUAUAUAUGUGUAUAUACAUAUAUAUAUAAUCGAUAACUAUACGCGUGUACACACACACACUCACACAGGCAGGGAUGUGCGCGUGUAUACACGCGGCGGUAUAAAACACACGGGAGGAGGAGAGACAAUCCAGGGUGAAUUCCUCGUGUCUCCAUUCCCUGGGAAAGGGGGGAGCAGCCGCUCGCAAGCAUCACCCUUCUGUGGCAAGAGGCACCCGAAAGGAAAACUUCUGCAUAUCAAUGCACUGCCAAUGGUGGUGUAAUACCAAGGGCUGUACUGCUGCCACAUCACAAUUUUGUGGGGUUUCAGAGAGUAGUUCUGGGUUGUGUCCUUUGUUGUGACCUCAUGGUUUAACUGGGAAUAAAGAUGAGUAUAAGCAGUGAUGAGGUUAACUUCCUGGUAUAUAGAUACUUGCAAGAGUCAGGGUUUUCCCAUUCAGCAUUUACCUUUGGUAUAGAGAGCCAUAUCAGCCAGUCUAAUAUAAAUGGUGCUCUGGUGCCACCAGCUGCUUUGAUUUCCAUCAUCCAGAAAGGUCUGCAGUAUGUAGAGGCAGAAGUCAGUAUUAAUGAGGAUGGUACCUUGUUUGAUGGUAGGCCGAUAGAGUCUCUCUCACUGAUAGAUGCAGUGAUGCCUGAUGUGGUACAGACAAGACAACAGGCCUACAGAGACAAACUUGCACAACAGCAGGCAGCAGCUGCUGCAGCUGCAGCCGCCACCAACCAACAGGGAUCAGCGAAAAAUGGAGAAAAUACUGCAAAUGGAGAGGAGAAUGGAGCACACACUAUAGCAAAUAAUCACACGGAUAUGAUGGAAGUAGAUGGAGAUGUGGAAAUCCCUCCCAACAAGGCAGUGGUGCUGCGUGGCCACGAGUCUGAAGUGUUCAUCUGUGCCUGGAAUCCCGUUAGUGACCUUCUGGCCUCAGGGUCUGGCGAUUCGACGGCGCGGAUCUGGAACCUGAGCGAGAACAGCACGAGCGGCUCCACGCAGCUGGUGCUGAGGCACUGCAUCCGGGAAGGGGGGCAGGAUGUGCCCAGCAACAAGGACGUCACCUCGCUGGACUGGAACAGUGAAGGUACACUUCUAGCAACUGGGUCUUAUGAUGGCUUUGCAAGGAUAUGGACUAAAGAUGGUAAUCUUGCCAGCACCUUAGGGCAACAUAAAGGUCCUAUAUUUGCGUUAAAAUGGAACAAGAAAGGAAACUUCAUUUUAAGUGCAGGAGUGGACAAGACCACAAUUAUUUGGGAUGCCCACACUGGUGAAGCCAAGCAGCAGUUUCCUUUUCAUUCUGCACCAGCAUUAGAUGUUGAUUGGCAGAGUAACAACACAUUUGCCUCUUGCAGUACAGACAUGUGUAUUCACGUUUGUAAACUAGGACAAGAUAGGCCCAUCAAAACCUUCCAGGGUCACACAAAUGAAGUAAAUGCAAUCAAAUGGGAUCCAACUGGUAAUCUGCUGGCAUCCUGCUCUGAUGACAUGACUCUAAAGAUCUGGAGUAUGAAACAAGACAGUUGUGUCCAUGAUUUACAAGCACACAACAAAGAAAUUUAUACUAUCAAAUGGAGUCCUACAGGACCAGGAACAAAUAAUCCAAAUGCCAAUCUUAUGUUAGCAAGUGCAUCCUUUGAUUCUACUGUUAGGUUAUGGGAUGUAGACAGAGGUAUUUGUAUUCAUACUCUGACAAAACAUCAAGAACCUGUGUACAGUGUAGCUUUCAGUCCUGAUGGCAGGUACCUGGCCAGUGGCUCCUUUGAUAAAUGUGUACACAUCUGGAAUACACAGACAGGUGCCCUAGUUCACAGUUAUCGGGGAACAGGAGGGAUUUUUGAGGUUUGCUGGAAUGCAGCAGGAGACAAAGUUGGAGCAAGUGCUUCAGAUGGUUCAGUUUGUGUACUAGACCUCCGGAAAUAGCGCUCUUAGUUGGAAGCCAUGGACCGACUAUGAAUGUGUACAUAGCCAAAAUGACUGUCCCUGACCCAUGUACUGCUACAGUCCCAAUCGAACCAUGGCCAGUCCACUACAGCCAAAUGUAAAAGAAAUAUAUACAUAGACUGUAUAUAACAAAAAAAAAAGGAGAAAAAAAAAAAAAAAAGAGGAGAAAGAAAAAAAAAUAAUUACACCCUGAAGAGGAUGACAGAGUUUUGUCACAGCUUGUGAAUCCUGUUCACCAAGUGCUGGAAUCUGCUGUGCCCCAAAAUAACAUUUAAAGGUUUUUGGAUAUGAAAAACAGAAGAGAGCGAGAGAGAGAGAGAAAUAUACCAUAUACAAGAGCAGACCCAUAUACAUACCAAAAUCAGAAGAUACUAAUGGCAGCCUUCAUUACCCCUUCCCCCAUGAGAUCCAUUCUCACGUGGAUUUGUGGGGUAUUUUUGUUUUCCUUCUCAGUAGUUGAGCAGUUUGUGUGUACAGAGAAAAUGGACUUACAGAAAUCUGCAGCAGUAGUUUUUUUUUCCUUUGCUUUUCAACAUUGGAUUUUCUGUUUUGUUUUGGUUAAGUUUACGGAUGCAUGAAGUAAGGGAGCGAUUUAGUUUCUUGUUUAUAUUUUUUCACCUUGGGGAAAAAAAAAAAAAAAAGGCGUUUCUUUGAAACAUGUUUUGAUGAAUUCUUUGAAGAGGUAGUUUGAACCUGAUAAUGUUUGGUACAUUUUGUGGCUCCCAGAGCACAAUUUUGUGAACAGAGGGAGGGUGGAAAUGGGAUUAGGGAGAGAGAAGAAAAAAAAAAUCCUUCUUUGCAGCGUGGUAUUCCACGUCCUUCUCAUCUACAAAGCAGGAUGGAAAUGGAUAUAAUGCUAUGUUUGAUUUUCUGGUGACGUGGCUGAAAUGCAGUAAUUUCUUAUUUGGGACAUAAUUCUGCCAAACGUAAGAACAGAAGGGCACAAAAACACAGGAAAAAGAAAACAAACAGGGAUGCAAAAAAAAAAAAAAAAAAAAAAAAAGAGGAAAAAAAUAAAGAGGAAAAAUGCAUCUUCUGUUGCUUUAAGACCAUAGCUAAAAUAUGGUUAAAUUGUGCACUAUUGUGAAAAGGAGCAAAGUAUAGCUGGGGGAUUUGUUUAGGAGGUUAAGAUCUUUCUGGACAAGGGUUCAUGCCACAGCUUCUUUGAGAGUUGCCCAUCAUUAUUUGUAGGAGCUUAGAUGUAUAAUUGUAACCAAUCUCCAGUAUUAAAAGUAUUUCAUGUAAUUUUUCUUUAUUAAAAUAAAAUCUUUGGCAUAUAUUUGAUAACACUGCCAUUAAGAGGCAAAAUGUUUACUACCUUAGAUUUAAAAAAAAGAUCUUAAACAGAGGACUUGCUUCAAGUUUAUUUUAAUAGCAGUGAUUCAGCUUAUUUAAAAGAUGAAUACUUGCACUAAUUCCCCUGCUGCUCCAGUCCUGCAGUUUAUUGUAUCUUGUGACUACAUUUUUUUCAAAAUAUAGGGUAGAUGUAAGCUGCUAUUUUUUUAAUAAUCACUACUAUAUAGUGUCUUUUACUCUGUUUACAAUAUCAAGUAUUUUUCUUACAAUGACAGAUGUAUAUGGCAAACCUUUUUCUGCUCAUGUGAUUAAAAGUAUACUAAUAGUGAUUUUAUUUGUAAAUGAUAGCAUGAGGUUGUGUUUAUGCGUAUGUGUAGUCGAAAAGGUUGCAUCAUGUCUUGCAUAAGAUUCCAAGAGUGUAAAUUUAUAAAAAGAGAGGUUGUCAAAUUUAUAUCACAGACAUUUUACUUAAGGAAUGGUUUAUAUUACAGAGCUUUGCAAAGUUAUCGGUUUUAUAACACUAUUUCAAUCACAAUUAAUUUUGUGACUUAUGAUUGUUAGUCUCUAACCUAUUUUUUUAUUCAUUUGGGGCUCUUUUUCCCCCGUCCAAGUUAAGCAUAAAUUCAUUUAAUUGAGAUAAUGCAGCUUUGACAUUUUAACCAUUGUUCUUUAGGCAUCGAUUUCUGCUAUUUCCAUGAAAUAAACAUGACUUGAAGCAAGUCUGAGUUUGGCUAAGGUAGGGUAGCAAUUUGCCAGUGGUUAAGACAAGUCAACAAUAACACAUGGUUUAUAUACACCCCAGGAAUAUACUGCUAUCAUACACAGCAUUUAAAACCAACACCAAGUCAUAUCCAUAAAGACAGUUAUCUGUGGUGGUUCUGUGCCAGCUAUUUUUAGGGUUUUGGAACAUAUUGCAAAUGUUUUGAGCAAUUACCCUGUGAGUUACAAUAUGUAGGAAACCUAAUAUAUUGAGUGUCUGGCACUUGAAAUAUUGCUUUUAUUGCUGGAGGUCCAUGACUGUGGCUGACCUCUGUCAUUUAAUGAAAAAAAAAUAAAAAUAAAAAAAAAAUUCUGUGCAAUAAUUUUAAACUGUGCUCCCAGGAAUAGACACAAAUGUUUUGAGUAUGUUUAAGCUGCAUUUUUCGUUAGCAAUGCAUUUGUCAAUUGCACUGAAUUUAAAAUCUGAAAGUCAGAAGUGAUUCUUGAUAGUACUUUUGUAUUUUAAUAUGGACAGUUUAUUCAUUUUCAUAAAAGUUAUUGGAUGAUUCUUUCAGCCAAUCUAAACCGAAUUGUGGUGGAAUUCUGUGACAUAGCUGCAAAAUCACACAGCCAUGUUUUAGGGUAUUGCCAUUGUCCUCUUUCUCAAUCAUCAGCUGUUUUGGUUGCAAUUCUAGUUGCUUCAGCAUAGCAUCACACACUCAGAAAUAGAGAACACCAGGGCUCCAGCGUGUCCGGGCCGGGGCUGUCAGGAACGUCGGCUCCGUUGGCUCGAGCGCUGCGCGGGCAGUGCCCGCUGCCGUGGGGCCAGGCCAGCGCCCCCGAGCCGAGGUGUCCCACUGCCACGGGGCCAGGCCAGUGUCCCCAGGCCAGUCAGGGUCCCCAGGCAGUGUCCCCAAGCCCAGCUCUGGCGUAGCUGUCCAGCUGUCCUGCCUCGCAUGCCACAGUGCUGCUCCUGCUCCCGCACGCCCGGAGCCGCCGCACGCCGCGUUCUGCCACCCCGUCAACCAAACACCAGGCAAAACCACCGCAGAACCGUGACGUUAAUUGCAGGUUUUUAUAGCACCAAGGUCUCGUGUUCCAGGGUGGGGUAGACUGUCCAAAUUGCUCCUUUCAAAGGGGAAGCCAGAUGGCAGCAAGGCCCUGACUUUGUGUAGCGUGUACGUGCGUGCUCAGUCUUACGGAUGGAGUCGUUCCUAUUUUUAUCAGCUCAACAAGAAAACAGGCAAAUAUCCGAACAGAGGAUAAAAGGAAGGGGAAAAGCUGGGCUCAGAAGUAAUGGUGGGGUAAGAAAUUAACUGCUCUUGAGUUCGCUGUCUUUCUGUGCAUCCAUCUCAGAAUCCCGUUUGUCAUUUUUGCAUGACCAGAUCCAGGUUUCUGUAGAGUUCGUCUUUUUCUAUUUUUACUUCACCUUUUUCUGCAUUUUUAAAUUGAUGUAAAGAUUCCCAACCAGUGGACUUUUUAGUGUAGUUAAGAGAAUAUCUAGGUCUUCAUAAAAGCUUUUUUAGACUCUUUGUAAUGUUGAUAAACUGAGUUUAUUCUGGGACUACCAUUGUGCAGGGUUAUUUAGCAUGUCUACUAGAUGAUUGGAAAUCUUAUAUGAAACACUAAAAGUGCCUCUUUUUCUGGGUUGGGUGGAGGGGAGGUAGUAGUUACCAGAGUCAGAACGACAUGGCAUUUCGAAGCAUGUUUCUUGAUUUCGUGACACUUUAAUGCAUCUUGAGAGAAAGGCCAAAGAUUUCUACCAAUUUUAAUUGAUUUUCAUUUUUAAAAGCACUCCUUUUUCCUUGCACUGCUUACCUCAUGCUGGGGCGUCUGAUAGGGAAUGUCCUUUGUGUUUAGGGAGAGCAGUGGGCGGCACAGGGCGGCCGUGCCGGUUUGCCAGCAGAGCGACCUCAGCAGCUGACACCUUUAAUUCAUUAAAGGAGCUUCAUUGCCCCUGCAAACUGGGGGGUUCAGCCCGUAAACACAAGGUUGGCUGUUCAGCAGAGAGGGGAGCCUUGGGAUCUGCUUUUUCCAGUCUUAACUUCACCAGGAAUCCCCCUCUCUGUCACUUGCCGGGGCUGUGCCGAGCCCCAGCGUGGAUAAAAUCAGCCUCAUCCCCCUCGAGCCGAGGGUCCCCAGUGUCCGUGGGGCUUUGCCAGAGCAGGACCUGCUGGGUUUAGCCCAGUUCCUUUUUGGCUGACGAACAGGAUAGCUCCUCCCUUCCCAAAGCCCUGUAGAGCCAUUCCCCGGUGGGAUCACUUCCACCCUCUCCAGACGCCUGAAGAAAGCAGAAGCAACAUUGUGGCAUGUUAGCAGCAAAUGCGGCUUCGGGAGACAGCAGUAAAUCUCCAUCGAGAUCCCUGACAUUUUCCGUAGGGAGAGAGACAUGGAGCAGUCCUCACUUCUCCCUCUAGAGAAAGCUCUGAAAUACCACGAGCUGUGAAAGUGUGACUGUCUUCACUGUCAGUCUGGUGGGAGGCAGACGAACCAGGAAAAUCUGCCGUUUCGAGUGGAUUGCAGAUUUAGUGUUAAUAGUGCUUCAGAUCAGUAGUUUUGAGUACAUUAUUUGCUUUCUCUGCCUUUAAGUUUGAAGCUUGACAAUAACUUGAGGCAUGUUUUUGUUUUGUUUUGUUUUUUUUUAUUUUUAAAUAAUCAUUCGUUUUUACUUCAUAAUGUUUUUUGACAUUUGUGGGUAAAUACAAGAAAACAGUCUGCAUGUUGUUGCUAGUCCAGUGUACUUUGCAAUCUUGUCCUCAACAGACUGCAGUGUGCAGAACAGUAAUUCUAGAAUACAGAAGUAAUUUUCUCUCUCUCCUGACAUUGACAUUGUAGUUGUAAUGGUUUCAUUUGGAGUUACAAAUCCUUUGGGUCUAAUUCUGUGAGCCUACCUAUAGCACUGGAUUAAAAUGUCUGCAUCAUUUCUUCAGUUAUCCAGUUAAACUACAACUGUUGUAAAAGUGUAAACCAGCCCAUGACAGUUUUUUGUACUUGUUUAAAGGACUUUUAUUGUUCAGUUUUCAUGAUUAUUGUCUAAAGAAGACUGAUAUAGAUGUUCUAUACUGUCCUGGACCAUGUUAAUUACACUUUAUGAUGUAUUUUGGUUCUACAUCACAAUGAUUUGUCCCCAAGGCCUUUAUAUCCCCUCUAGGCACAUUUUCUGUUGCAGUUUCCCUUUGCAUUGUAUUGCUUUGACAACUGUAAUUUGAAUCAGAUCUGAAAGAGGUCCAGAAUAAAAUAUAUUUUGAUAUUA